GGAGCGGCCGCGGACAUGUGCAGGAUGUCCUUCAAGAAGGAAACUCCACUGGCCAACGCCGCAUUCUGGGCAGCCAGAAGGGGAAACCUGGCUCUGCUGAAACUGCUGCUGAACAGCGGCCGGGUGGAUGUGGACUGCAGAGACAGCCAUGGCACCACGCUCCUCAUGGUUGCCUCCUAUGCUGGCCACAUAGACUGUGUGAGGGAACUGGUUCUGCAAGGAGCUGACAUCAACCUCCAGAGAGAGUCAGGAACAACUGCCCUGUUCUUUGCUGCCCAACAAGGCCAUGAUGACGUCGUGAGAUUCCUCUUCGGGUUUGGAGCAUCCACUGAAUGUCGGACCAAAGACGGAGGCACUGCCUUGUUGGCUGCUAGUCAGUAUGGGCACAUGCAGGUGGUGGAGACCUUGCUGAAACAUGGGGCCAACAUCCAUGACCAACUUUAUGAUGGAGCCACUGCCCUCUUCCUGGCUGCCCAAGGCGGUUACUUGGAUGUGAUCCGAUUACUGUUGUCUUCAGGAGCAAAAGUCAACCAGCCACGACAGGAUGGAACUGCGCCUCUGUGGAUCGCCUCCCAGAUGGGCCACAGCGAGGUGGUGCGCGUGAUGCUGCUGCGGGGGGCCGAUCGCGACGCCGCGCGCAACGACGGUACCACGGCGUUAUUGAAGGCAGCCAACAAAGGCUACAAUGAUGUUAUAGAGGAGCUACUUAAAUUCUCACCCACUCUUGGUAUUUUGAAGAACGGGACGUCGGCCCUUCAUGCAGCUGUGCUGAGCGGGAAUAUUAAAACAGUUGCCCUACUUCUGGAAGCAGGGGCAGACCCAGCCCUAAGAAACAAGGCCAAUGAACUUCCGGCAGAGCUAACCAAAAACGAACGUAUAUUGCAUCUUCUCCGAAGUAAAGAAGGACCCAGGAAGAGCUAACUUAGUUCCAUCAUAGACAGACAGAUAGAAACUUCAAACACAUUGUUCUCCACUGUGUUGGAAAUUCUUUUAAAAAAGAAUAUGCCCAGAAUGUCACCCUGUGGGUCCCUGAUAAAGAUAGUGCAUUGUGCACCAAAUCAAGAAAGGAAGGACUCCGGUCCCCUUCCUCUCACUUACUGUGCGCUUCUCACACUGCCCUGUAACUUGGCUCUUGGGACCUGGUAAUGUCAGGUGACAGAUUCCACAGAAACAAUGCUAAUGUGGGUCUCUCAGCUAAGCUUGAAGUUAGACAGGGUUUGCAGCUCCAAGCAAAGAGACAGAAAGCUUUGCUCCUUUAAGAGUGAAAGAUAGACCUGCAAUAAAUCAAUUUUUUUGGCUUUGUGUUAAAUGUAGAUAUGCUACAAUAUAUAGAUCCCUCAUUUACAUAUAUGUUUAUCAUUUCAGUGUAGAAUGUUUCUCCUAUCCAAAGAUCAUAGCCAUGAUUAUUGUGAAUCAGUAAUAUGCGAGUAUACAUUAUUAAAAAAAUUACUUCUGACAUUCCACUCUGUGCUAUUCAAAGACGGACUGGUGAAGUAUAGAAAAGAUAAAUUGUGCACUUGUUAGUUAAUACUCUUCUUAUUCCUGUUGUAUAUCGUUUUCACUUAAUCAGCAUUGUAGGGAUGUUAGGAAACUGGUGAUCAAUUGGGAAACCCAGAAAACUACAAACCACAGUCCCUAAACUUUCACGUUUGUCUGUUGUUGGGAAUCCGCUUCCUUGCCACAAUUGCGUGGAUCGGACGUGCUGUGGGAUCUGGCAAGCUCAUGUCUUGAUGUAGGGACUUUGAGCGGAUUGUGUAAAACGUGACAUGCACCGGUACGGUAUGUAGCUAUUACUGCUGCAGGAGUGUAAGUAAUAAGCGGCAACCCUUACUCUUUAAUAAGUGCUCAUCUAUGAUGUUCAAUGCACUUUAUGAUCAAUGGUGUCUAACAGCCUCUGUCAGUGCCUAACUGCAACAUAUACGUAUGCACACCUCUUAUCUACCACGUUAGAUGCUAAUAGUACAUCUGUUGUUUGAACACGUAUUUAGUUUUCUUGCUCAUAGUCAGCUCUGGUUCCCCCAGCCAACAGUCUGUGUGAAGUCAUGUUAAGGCAGAGGGAAAUACUGUAAUUUCCACAUAAGUUGUAUUUAACUAACAAAACUAAAAGCAUUGUUUUGAAGUCAGUACAUGUCAGAGUAGACUCUGUGAAAUUAGAAGGUAGUCUUUUAAAAUUGUUUAUGAUAAAUACAAUAAAACAAGCUUUUUUUUUUUAUAACAGUAUCACUGGCUAAGCAAAUAAUGAGCAACCCACAGCUCUCAAAGACACCAAUCUUGCCUGAUUAGCUAUGCAAAAUCCUCAAUCUAACUUCAAGAUAAAAGAUUAGUGAGCUCUGUAUUGCCAAAACACCAGAUAUAAAUAUUUUGGUAACUAAAAAGGCAGUGCCAAUUUUCUCACCAAACUUCUUCCUUUAACUGAGUAAAACUACAGAGAUUUCCCCUGUGGGAAUUUUGAAAAUCUAUAUUCAUUUUGAAGAAGAAAAGGUGGCCUUAAAUGCUUUCUAUCCUCCUCUUUAUUUUGCCCUAUACCAAAAAUAGUUGCUCACCGCCAAUCCAAAACAAAACUUCUAUGGGCAUUGACAGAAAGGUCCCAAAAGACAAAAAUCACAAACUUAAUGUCUUUCACGAAAACAUGCUGUCAUCAUCCUAUUUCUUACAUGGGCAAUAUUAGGGCCUUAAAAAUGAAUUUAGUAGCAUUUGCAAUACUUUAUGAAGACCUUCCUACUGUAGGUAGCAGGCGUCGAGUUAGACACGUGAUUUAGGUGAGAUUAUAGAGAUCUUUUCCAUGGCAGGGAAAACAACUGGUCACUUACCAAAGACUAAACAAAAGGUCUGUUGUUUUAAAAAUUGCAUUUUAGUUUGCACACAUGUCAAGGACUCUUAUUUCAUAAGCAGUCUGAUUAGCAGUUCACUUGCUGUGCACCCUAAGAUUUCAAACUAGUGUUCCUAUUCACAGUUGCUUAAAUGAGCCACGAAAGUUUUUCAUUGUAUACAUUUGUUUGAUAACACAUUCCAUGCUAUAAUUC